AUGAUUGAAGAAAUUCAAGUCACUCCCAUGUCAGCCGAUGAUCCGUCCAUCCAAGUAUCAGAUGUUUCUUACUUGCCAUCAGGAGAUGGUAUGAAACAAAUACAUGUUUCUUUAGAACAUUCCACUUCAAAUAAUGAGACAGUGACCUUGCAAUACAAGUACAAGAUGAAUGGACCUCUUUUUGUUUCACAAAGAGUCAAAGUCUCAUGGUCAAUUGGAUACGACGAGGAGGCACAAUCUAUUAACAAUAUUGAAAUUUCUGUGAAAUUCCCAGCGAACAUGUUCUCAAAGAUCGCUUCCUCUUUGAACAAUUUCAACGUGAGUCAACAAGGUGAAACAAUGAUUGUGACAUUUCCAACAAGUCGUGUUGCUGUAUCGUCUUAUCGACCCAUGUUCAGUGCUAAUAACUUGGUAUUUGACAGUUGUCAAACUUAUUGGUAUACGCGUGGUCCACUAUUCACAAUUUUUGGAUUUGUUGGCACAAUCAUGGCAAUUAUGAUGUUUUGCUUGGGUGUGAAAUUUGUUCGUCACAACAUGAAAAAAAAGCACAAGGAACCAGAACAUGUUUAG